AUGGAUUGUAUUCAAAAAUUACAAUCAUUAAAUCUAAGAAUCAAUGAGUUACAAACCGAUACAAAUAUUGCAAAUAAUCCAAUUCCAACAAUACCCCAAUUGGAGGAACUUAACUAUUCAAAUCCGGCACAUCAAGAAAUAAUCAGUGAAACUCCAAGACCUAUGGCACCUGGCGUUUGGAUUUGUCCAGAAACAUAUAAUUGCCCAGCUUAUGAACAGAGGAAUGAUGAUUCGAAUCCACUGCAUUUUGAUCUUGACUACUUACAAAAUAAUUAUAACAAGUAUCAUCAAAAUUCUCCAUCUUAUGUUAUUAAUCAGAUUCCUCAACCAAUGAAUCAGUAUUUUCCAAUUAGGACUCAGAAUCCUCAACCAAUGAAUCAGAAUCCUCAACCAAUGAAUCAGUAUUUUCCAAUUAGGACUCAGAAUUCUCAACCAAUGAAUCAGAAUCCUCAACCAAUGAAACAGAUUACACCAAGUGUAUCAACAGAAAAUCUUCAAAAUGAAAAUGCACAUAUUUAUAAUGCACUUUUCAAUUAUUCUUCGGUAAAAAAAUUCUCUUCCCAACUUAUCAGGAAAGGAUCAAUUUAA